AUGCAUCGGCCACCCUUUCGAGAGAGUAGUUUUACGAGUCUCCCCUUGCAUCGGGCUGCAGUUGCCGAUGACGUAGAGGCAGCCCGGCAGUGCAUAGCUAAGGAUAUGAACCCUUAUCAGCCGACAGAAAAAGGGUUAACUCCCCUAUACGUGGCCAUCGGAAGCAAAGCUGAAGGGGUCGUUCGUUUGCUGCUGGACCGUUACGAAGCCGAUAUGGGAGUGGUGCGUGAAACAAUCAAACAUAGGUUCCUGUGGAAGGUAGAAUCGACCGGCUGGCGAAACCGACCAAUCUUGAUCGCGUGGACCGAUACCGAGUGCCAGGAAGCGGUUGAGUUAGCUUCGAAUUGUCCCGCCGGGAUUCCAUUGAAUGUGCAAGUGUUCGUAUGGCUACGCACCGCUUACAACGGCCACCGAUUUGUGGCGUUGGAUGUUUGCAACCGUGACAGGAUGUUGGUAGUGUACCGUUUCAUCCACCAGCUUCUCCCGAAUGGGGUACUAUCGCUGGAUCGAAGUGACUACCGUGAAAACUUCGAAAACUAUCUUCGAUUCGCUUGUCAAUCGUCUACCGUGAAAAUAUUGGAGCUUUUGAUUGCCAAAGGUACCUCGCUGGAUGCGGCUUCUGGGGAGGAUGGUAAAACACCGUUCAUGGGAGCGUGUGUGACCCCUCGCAAAGAUAUCAUAGAGGUUCUGCUGUCGAAAUACGGCGAUCGGUUUGAUCCGAACGCACGCGACCGGGAUAACUAUAAUGCCGUGCAUAUGCUCGUCCAAAGACAGAGAGCUGAUUUGGUGGAGAAAAUAUUGGAACAGAUGGUGAGGCUGCGCGUGGCAAGAUUUCGCGAAACGGAGACGCAAGCUUUCAACAAGAUCUUUCCUCGUCUAUCAGAAUACAGCAAUAGCUGGUAUAUGAUACGAUCCCCGCAGAUGAAGAAGCUGUUUACUAAGUACACCAAACAGUACAAGUUGGAUUUAAAAGCUCAGUGCGGAGAGAAGACAUUGCUUGCCACACUCGUUCAAACCGGUGUGGCUUUGAAUUACUGCUUUGAGGCGAUCCGAAAUGAUUUGGAACUGCUGCGUCUGCAAGACAAUGGCAGGAUGACCGUUCUACACAAUUUAAUUAUUUAUAAACAUACAAAGUUCGUCGCUCAGCUAUACAGAGAUCAUGGUACGUUUGUUAGGGACGUGUUCGAAACGAAUGACCCUGAUUUACGCCCAGGAAAUCUGUUGUUGAGCCAUUUGUUGCAACCGAGCACGACGGAUGAAGCUGGUCUUACCUUCGUGUUGCAACGUAAUCGGGAGUUUUUCGCGCGCGACAUGGAUCAGUUGCGGAAAUCAACGGUAGAGAUGUACUGGUUUCGAGAAAUUGUCUCUACGAGAGUGGUCGAAAUUCUCACAAACGCCAUCCCUGAGCUUAAUAAUGCAAUAAGCGAGGUUAAAAAUUCGAAGCAAGACAACGAGGAAGUGUUUUAUGAAGACGUUCGUGCAUUAUCUAAUAACUUUGCAAAAACGGUGGAACGACUGGAAUCAAACGGAAAGCUGCUCGAAGAGUAUCUGGAUAAAGAUGGACGGACUUUAUUCCAUGUUGCUGUGGAUUGGAACGAUCGACCUCUGGUUGAACGUUUGCUCGAACGCAAAUUCGAUGUCCUUCAACGAGAUGCCAAAGGCUGCCUACCGAUUCACUAUGCCAGGUCAGAAAGCAUUUUCGAGCUACUGUUAGCCAAAGAUGAAGAAGGUCAAAUGGCACACGUUACCGAUGAAGGCUAUAACCUAUUGCAGAUCGCCUGCACUAAGGGUUUUCGUGGGUCGGAUGUUAUGGAAAAACUUUUAAACAGUGGCAUGGAUGUUAAUGAACCGGCAGCAAACGGUCAGCUGCCUCUAUCGUUGGCUGGAUGCUGUGGAACGGUAUCAUUCUUGCUGAAACAUGGGGCGCGUCCCGAACUGUUAAACGAGAAACUUCUUGAGAGUAGGUUUAACAACAUGCGGUAUUGUUCGGCGUGGGGAUUGAUACCGCGCAUUGCUUAUUUCGAUUGGUUUCGCAAAAUAGCACACAAAUUCCUGCCCUGGAUGGUAGGUGGACAGAACAGGGAUUUCUUUUCGUGCAGCAAUGAGCAGGAGCUCGAAAAAUACGAGGACAUUCGACGGCUGUUGUUCGAUAGCCUGUACGAACACUCGAAGGAGGAAGCUUCGGAGUUGUUCGCCCGGGUCUGCCACAGUGCCAUUGUGAGUUGUUCGCGAUGGUUCUUGGACUACGAUUACGAUCUCAACUAUGACCACACGGAUGAUAUGGGUUAUACCCCAUUGCUCGGAUUGCUAAGCUACAUGGAGGAACCGAAUUACGAUAUCGUUGAGAGACUGCUGCGGAAACCGGUCAAUGUAAACGCCGUCAACGAUUCGAAGCAAACGGCUCUAAUUCUAUUCGUCAAUAGGUGUCAGUCGGCAAAAUGGUACGGUCAUUCGAUGGAUACGGUACGUUUACUGCUGAACCGUGGCGUUAAAAUUGACGCCCAGGACGAGGAUGGCAACACGGCGUUACACCAUGCAUUUGAGAAUGCGCAUUGGGAUGUUGUGGAGUGUUUAAUUGAAUCUAACGCCAAUGUUGGAUUGAAAAAUGCUGCGGGCAAAGUACCUUGCGAAAUGGCACCCGCUUUCAGUCGAUUUUUGUAUGGUUUUAUGAAAUCGUUUUAGAUACAUAUCUGUGAUUUGCAGAGUACGGUACAAUCCAAAGCAGUGGAACGAAACCAAUGAUCGUCCAGACUUAGAAGUGUGGCACUUUUUUACUUAAGCACAUGUUAAGAGGUUUUUACGCAGUAUUAAUGUUGCACAAAUUGUA